AUGGCGAUUGACGCAGCAACCAACACCUUCCGAAUUAUAGUUGUAGGGGGUGGUAUCGCAGGUCUAGCUACGGCGAUUGCCAUGAGAGGACCUCAGCGCGAAAUCAUUGUUCUGGAAAAAUCACGCAUGAAUAAGGAAGUUGGUGCUCUCCUAUCCCUCCAACCAAAUGCACAAAAGAUUGUCGAGCAAUGGAAACUCAAGGAUAUCAUCCAGAAAGCAAAGCCUACAGCGGAGAGACAAUUUCGCAUACUCGAUACCAAGGGCAAUAUUCACAUGAACAUUGACAUGGACGGCAAGAAGUACGGAGCAGACCGUAUGGUAUACCAUCGUCAAGACCUACAUUCAGCUCUGAGGGAAGCCGCAUUGAGUACCGAGCUGCCUGGCCACCCUGUUAGCAUUGUCACAGCAGCCAAAGUUGUCAGCUGCGACUGCGAAGCUGGAGUUGUCACCUUGGAGGACAACACUACUUACCAGGGCGACCUCAUCAUCGGUGCAGAUGGCAUCCACAGUGUCAUCCGUGAGGCCGUACUCGAAGCCGGCAACCAUGAGCUGGUCCAUCCAACACCGACAGGCGUCUCGGCAUAUCGUCUUCUCGUCGAAACCGCAAACCUUUCUUCGAAAAAUGUAGAUCCAGAGACUUUCGAUCCAAAGAGACAAGCCACGACACUAAUGAUGGGCCACGACCGUCGCGUCAUCAUGGGACCUGCCCGAAAUGGCGAUUUGCUAGGUCUAGUGGGCAUGGUACCUGACGAGCACAUGCACGAAACCUCGAAUGCGAAUAGUUGGACCACACCGGGCUCGCUCUCCAAAUUGCUGGAGACGUAUAAUGAUUUCCCGCAGUGGAUCAAGGACAUCUUUGCUCAGGCUCCGGAUAUCGCGCUUUGGCAGUUGAGAGACAUUGAUGCAUUGCCUGCGUGGGUGGCGGGAAGGUGUAUUAUCAUUGGUGAUGCCGCACAUGCUAUGCUGCCCACUCAAGGCCAAGGCGCAUCCCAGAGCAUUGAAGACGCCGAAGCACUUGCCGCAUUCUUCUCUUCCACAACCGCCAAACCCACUCUUCCAGAAGUUUCUCUGGCCCUCCAAAAAGUUUUCGAAGCAAGAUACCAGCGCGCCAGUUUGAUUCAAGCAUAUAGUCGCCAACAAGCCAAACCUGCGACCCGAAAGGGAAGUGUGAAAGUUACCUUGAAUCCUGCAGAGUUUUUGGACUACAACUGCAAGUAUGAGGGAGCAGUGCAGUGGUUGGAGCAGCAAAAGAGCCGGGAGGUGCAGGGUCAAUGA